AUGGGUCUUUUAGAUGAUGACAACGAAUAUGUUGAAGCCAUUAAGGAAGGAAGUUUUGAAGCUCACUGUCGGUAUUUAAGAUCAUUAUUUGCGACAUUGCUUUUAACAAAUACGCUAUCAAGACCUGAAUUUGUGUGGGAGAAAACUUGGCAUUUACUAGGAGACGAUAUUCUAUACAAGCGUCGCAAAGAGACACAUAUCCCUGAUCUAAUGAUUCCUGAACAUCAUUUGAAGAAUCUUAUUUUGGUCGAAAUCGAGAAUUAUUUAAUUUCCAAUGGGUCAACCUUAAGUAGGUUUUCUAUGAUGCCCUUUCCAGACGAUGAUUCUUUACGUCAGGGAACUAAUCGUCUAAUCAAUGAGGAAUUAUCGCAUGACACACAUGAGUUGAAAAGUGAGUUUAGUCGAUUGAAAGAAUCUCUAACUGAAGAGCAGUUAAACGUUUUUAACGAAAUUGUCAAUGCAGUGGAAUGCCAAAGUGGAGGGUUGUUUUUCGUAUAUGGUUACGGUGGAACAGGGAAGACAUUUUUGUGGAAGACCUUGGCUUCUGCAAUCAGAUCUAAAGGUCAGAUAGUGUUGAACGUUGCUUCCAGUGGUAUUGCAUCAUUAUUAUUAUCUAGAGGAAGGACAGCACAUUCUAGAUUUAAAAUUCCCAUAAACUUGACAGAAGAUUCCAUGUGUUUCAUUAAGCCGAACGAUGACGUUGCUAAUCUUUUAAAAGAGGCAAAGUUGAUUAUAUGGGAUGAAGCCCCUAUGGUGCACAAGCAUGCGUUUGAGGCACUAGAUCGAACAAUGAAGGACAUUCUAUCGUCUUCUAUGAAUAACCAUUCUGAAGUACCAUUUGGAGGUAAAGUUAUUGUUUUUGGUGGCGACUUUAGACAGAUACUACCGGUUAUUCCAAAUGGUACUAGACAGCAGAUUGUUAAUUCAUCUUUGAGUUCUUCAUAUAUAUGGUCAGAGUGCAAGGUUUUAAAGUUAACAAAAAACAUGAGGUUGAGAAGUGGAGCUGAAUCAAGUAACAGCGAAUCGAUUAAGAAGUUUGCAAAAUGGCUGCUUGAUAUUGGUGAAGGAAACAUUGGUUCAGAAAACGACGGUGAAGCCCUUAUAGAGAUACCCGACGAUUUAGCAAUUACCGACUCAGAUGAUCCAAUUCAAAGUUUAAUCGACUUUGUUUGUCCUUCAAUUCUACAUCAGUAUAAAAAUCCUGGAUUCUUUUCAGAGAGAGCAAUUUUAGCACCAAAGAAUGAAGUAGUUCAUGAGAUUAAUGAUCGAUUACUUUCAUUAUUUCCAGGUGAAGAAAAAGAGUAUUUGAGCUCUGACAGUAUAUGUCAAACUGAGCAAGUUCUUGAUUCUUUUCAACAAGGUCUAUACUCUCCUGACAAUUUGAAUGCUCUGAAAAUAUCCGGUUUACCUAACCAUAGGUUGGUUCUCAAAGUUGGUGUUCCUGUGAUGCUUCUUCGAAACAUAGAUCAACAGAACGGAUUAUGUAAUGGUACUAGACUUCAAGUAACCCUUCUUGGUAAACGAGUAAUCGAAGCGGAAGUAAUAUCUGGCGGAAAUAUCGGCACAAGAGUUUUUAUUCCAAGGAUUAGUAUGGUUCCUUCAGACAAGAAGAUACAUUUUCAAUUUCAAAGAAGGCAAUUUCCUUUAUCAGUUUGUUUUGCUAUGACAAUUAACAAGAGUCAAGGGCAGUCGCUAUCUAGAGUUGGUUUAUAUUUAAAAGAUCUUGUUUUUACUCACGGCCAAUUGUACGUUGCUUUAUCAAGAGUCAAGAGCAGGGAAGCUGUUAAAAUUUUAUCAUUUGAUGGCAAUGGUAAACCUACAGCGAAGACAUCUAAUGUAGUGUACAAGGAGAUUUUUCGUAACUUAUAA